AUGGCACCCCCUAGCCUCAUCACAACCCCCCUCACAUCUCUGCUUUCUAUCCCCCACCCAAUUGUCUUGGCCGGGAUGGCCCACACUUCCACUGGCCCCCUAGUCGCCGCUGUCUCCAACGCUGGCGGCCUCGGCGUCAUCGGUGGCGUCAUGUACACGCCCGACCAGCUGCGCUCCAUCAUUACCGAAAUGAAGUCGCACUUCAUUCGUCCCGAUCUCCCUUUUGGCGUGGACUUGGCGCUGCCGCAGGUUGGGGGCAACGCGAGGAAGACCAAUCAUGAUUACACUGGGGGCAAGUUGGAGGAGUUGAUCGACAUUGUGGUGGACAGCGGCGCAAAACUGUUUGUUAGCGCAGUGGGUGUGCCACCGGCGUGGGUGAUUGAGAAGCUGCAUGCGAAGGGGAUCCUGGUGAUGAACAUAGUCGGCCACCCAAAGCACGCGAUCAAAGCCCUUGACCUUGGUGUCGACAUGGUCGGCGCGCAGGGCGGCGAAGGCGGCGGACACACUGGCAACAUUGCCUCCUCCAUCCUCAUCCCUGCUGUCGUCUCCAUCGCCAAGUCCUACCACCCCCCUCUGCUCAAAGGUCAGCCGGCAAUGGUUCUUGCGGCAGGUGGAAUUUCGUCUGGUCGCAGCGUCGCCGCCGCAUUUAUGCAGGGGGCAGUGGGUGUUUGGGUUGGGACACGCUUCGUAGCGAGCGUUGAGGCUGGGUGUAGCGAUGAACAUAAGAAGGAGGUGGUAAGCGCGGGGUGGGAUGACACAGAGCGGACGCUUGUCCUGAGUGGCAGGCCGUUGCGGAUGAAAACAAACGAUUAUAUCCGGGAGUGGCAUGCUCGGCCGGUGGAGAUCAAGAGACUAUGUGACCAAGGGAUUGUGCCAAUGGAACAUGAUUUAGACGAAGACAGGGAAAUUGAUCCACCAUUUUUGAUGGGCCAGGUUGCAGGAGCUAUUGACAAGGUCGAGCUAGCUGGGGACAUAGUCAGAGACAUGGUGAAGGAGGCCGCUGAGAUGCUUGAGUUAGGGGGGAGAUAUCUCACCGGUACAAGAGUUAGACUGUAG